UAUUUAUAUCUAAACUACUUCUUAAUAGGCCAGCAUUCGAACCUGGAUCCUCUGGGCCACUCUCUAGUAUUCAAACUCAAGCGAUGAGGACCACAAUUGCCGGCUAUUUCCAAUUAUUUUCUGGUCACCUCAUCAGAGGAUGGAGUUUUAGUGGCAAGCAGUGGAUGAAGUUUUAUAGUUAUUUCACAGUAAAAACUUAAUGUCAAAGAAGUCUUCAAAAUCUUUAAAAUAAUCAGGCCAAAUCCUGAUAUAGGAUAUACAGAUUUAAGAGUGUUUUUGUCUCACUCUCCCUAAUUUCAAAUGUAAACUCACUUUUCCACCCAACAACAAAUGAACAACUCAACAUUGUAAGUUCAAAAGACAUUCAAGACACAGAAUAUAAUGGUGGUGGCUCAUGGGGAUUUUAAUUUAACUGACACAAAUCAUGUUCAGGGCCAACCAAAGACAGCUGUUUGCCCAUGUCAUGGGCCAUCUCACGUUUGCCAAAUCUGAAAUUACUUCUCUCCUUCUGCAUACUGGUUUGUCAGUUGACAGUAGCCAUUUAUACGGUCAUGCCACAGUUCUGGUCUGGUUUCACUGUAUCUGGUUAGUGCCUAUCCCUUCUAUGUCCAACUUCUGUCAUGGUUUGGUUGGGAUCUGGUCUUUAGUUGAAAAUUUCACAGAUUUUUUUGUGAGCUCAAAUUUCAAAAGCUGAUGUAUAGUCCCUAUUCUUACCAUAAGAAGAAAUAGGACAGUACCCAUGGGAACCUAAAACUUUUCGGGUCCAUGCAUUGAAAAUCACAAGCAUCUUCGCACGAUAAUCAAGAGAUUUCGAUCAACAUGUCUCUGAUCCCAAAAUCUCACUUGGAUUACAUCCCCGACAUCAUCCAUUACGUCUUGUUGCUGCGAACCGAACCAGGACCAUGUGCUUACCCAUCCUUGCUUUUUAUGAAUCAAAGAACAACGUGAACUCUUGGGUCAUUCUUUAUUUUAGGACAGUAUCACCUAAGGCUACAUAGCCUGUGCCCCACAGGACAUAGCAACUCAGCCUCCAUUAAUACCCCUAAAUCUAAAUUGCAAGUUCAAGCCUCAUUUGCAUUAGAACUUUGCUUGCCAUGGCGCCCAAGCUUGAGCUCCACUUUGUUUUGAUACCUUUAAUGGCCCCAGGUCAUCUUCUUCCCAUGGUGGACAUGGCUAGAUUGUUGGCUCGGCGACACGUAAAGGUGACCAUAGUGACCACACCCCUAAAUGCUGCCAGAGUCAGAGCCAACAUCGACAGAGAUAUUCAACUGGGCUCACCAAUCCAACUUCAACUUAUCCGAUUCCCAAAUGCUGGGUCUGGAAUACCUGAGGGCCAUGAGAGCGUAGAUACUCUACCUUCCAUGGAUCUUCAGGAGAACUUCUUCAAGGCCUUGUGCUUGUUGCAGAACCCACUUGAAGAACUCUUUGAAAAGCUUAAUCCCACUCCGGACUGCAUAAUAUCUGACAGACACAUUCUACCUGCUGCUGAUAUUGCCAGAAAGUUCCAAGUUCCAAGAAUAAUAUUUGAUGGAGCUAAUUGUUUCUUCUUGUUAUGCAAUCAUUGUCUGCAUGAUUCUAAGGUACAUGAGAAUGUGUCGGACUCAGAACCCUUCAUUAUUCCUGGAUUGCCAGAUAGGGUUGAAUUCAAAAAAUACCAGCUUCCCGGGGCGUUCAAUCCUAAUGCCACAAACCAAGGCCUGAACGUCGCUCGUGAGAUGGUAAGAGAAUCUGAAGGAGAGGCACUUGGAGUGGUAGUGAAUACCUUCCAAGAGUUAGAAGCAGAGUAUGUGGAAAAGUAUAAGAAGGUCUCCGGGAAAAAGGUUUGGUGUAUUGGCCCCGUCUCACUGUCCAACGAAAACAAAUUGGACAAGGCUCAAAGAUGCAAGAGAAACGACUCAAACGACGAAGAAGAAGACCUUUAUUACAUGAAGUGGCUUGAUUCAUGGCCGGCAAGAUCUGUCAUUUAUGUCUGCCUUGGAAGCUUAAAUCGAGUAACACCGGAACAAUUGAUGGAGCUCGGUUUGGGACUGGAAGCUACAAAAAGGCCAUUCAUUUGGGUGAUAAGAGGUGCAUACAAAAGAGAAGAAACAGAGAAGUUACUGUUAGAAGAUGGAUUAGAAGAGAGAGUGAAAGGAAGAGGAGUAUUAAUAAGGGGUUGGGCACCACAAGUGUUAAUAUUGUCACACACAGCAAUAGGAGCUUUCAUAACACAUUGUGGUUGGAAUUCGACGCUGGAAGGAAUAUCCAGCGGGGUGCCAUUAAUAACGUUUCCUUUGUUUGCUGAGCAGUUCUACAAUGAGAAGGUCAUUGUGCAAGUGGUGCAGACAGGCGUGACGGUGGGACGUGAACGUGUUGUGCAUCUUGGGGAGGAAGAGAAGUUCGAUGCAAUUCAAGUGAAUGGGGAAAAAGUGAAGGAAGCUGUGGAGAAAGUAAUGGGUGAAGAUGAAGAAGGCAAAAAAAUAAGAGAAAGAGCGAGACAGUAUGCGGAAAAGGCAAAGAAGGCCGUCGAGAAAGGUGGGUCGUCUUAUCUUGACAUGUCACUGCUAAUUGAAGACAUAACACAACAUGUCAAAGGGUUGAAGAUGAAGGAAGAAGAAGCAGAGCCACAAUACGGUCCAAAUUAAUGCGUGAAGCGUUUGCACUAACUCGGCUUUUGGGGUCUGAAAUGUGUUGUAU